GUUUGGAGCUGUCGUAUCGAUUGAGUUUAUUUACCGGCGAGCGAGGGAAUAUUUCAAUCGUAGCGACCAAUUAAUAAACAAACACGUUGUCAUGUAAAUAGAGGGAUGAAUAAAUCAAUUUAAUGAUUCAACAGCAUCUGUUAGAGAACUUGUAGGCCGAUUCUGUUUGAAAGAAGUAAUUUUUGCAGAGACGAGGUCGAGAGAGCGAAAUACAACAAACGGAUUUAGAAGAAAGAACUUGAUAUCACUGUAAAGAAAUCUAGGAAGAUGCCAGGCGACGAACGACCAGAAUUUGAGCGUUUGUCAACUAAUGUUGUACCCGUUAACUAUAACAUCACCUUGACACCAGAUCUUACCAACUUUGUUUUUGAUGGAGAAGAAAAAAUCUCUGUACAGAUAACGAAAACAACCAGUACAAUAACAUGUCAUGCUUUAGAUAUAAAAGUUAAAACAGUUUAUUUCACUCCUAAAGGAUCAAGUGAUAAGUUUGAAGGUAGUAUAAAAUAUGGAUCAGCUAUAGAAGAAACAGUUACCUUUACCUUUACUACACCUUUACAGGCUGGGGAAGGUGAUCUUUGUUUAACCUAUAGUGGGGAGUUGAAUAAUAAAAUGAAAGGAUUCUAUAGAAGUCAGUAUACAACACAAGAUGGACAGACGGCUUUUAACGCAGUUACGCAUUUUGAGGCAACAGAUGCACGACGAGCGUUUCCUUGUUGGGAUGAACCAGCAGUUAAAGCUAUGUUUGAUAUUACGCUAGUUGUACCUAAAGAUAAGGUCGCUCUCUCAAAUAUGCCUGAAAAAUCCAACACACCACAUUCCAGUGAUAAAAACGUUAAGAUAGUUUCGUUUGAAACCACGCCUAUUAUGUCCACGUAUUUAAUAGCGUUUACUGUCGGAGAUUACGAUUAUGUUGAAGGAUUUGAUAAAGAUCAGAUCCGAGUUCGUAUUUAUACGCCUGCUGGUAAAAAGGAACAAGGACGAUUUGCUCUCGAUGUUGCCGUGAAAACCCUUCCAUUCUAUAAAGAUUAUUUUGGUAUUAAGUACAUGCUACCUAAAAUAGAUUUACUCUCUGUUGCAGAUUUUGCUAUAGGUGCUAUGGAGAACUGGGGUUUAUUGACGUUUAAAGAAGCGUUGAUUCUCGUUGAUCCCAAGAAUACGUCGGCUGUCAGUCGACAACAUGUAGCGUUAGUUGUAGGACAUGAAUUAGCUCAUCAAUGGUUUGGUAAUCUGGUUACUAUGGAUUGGUGGACUGAUCUGUGGUUAAAGGAAGGUUUUGCGACGUGGAUCGAGUAUCUAUGUGUUGAUUAUUGUUUUCCACAAUGGGAUAUCUGGACGUCUUUCGUUAAUGAUAAUUUAAUCCGAGCCCUUCAAUUAGAUUCCCUCCACAACAGCCAUCCUAUUGAGGUAAAAGUUGGUCAUCCAUCAGAAAUAGAUGAGAUAUUUGAUGGUAUAUCGUACAGUAAAGGUGCCUCUAUUAUCAGAAUGUUGAGUGAUUAUCUUGGUGCGGAGGAUUUUAGGAAAGGUUUGAAUAUUUAUUUAUCUCGUCAUGCCUAUAAAAACGCAGAGACAGAAGAUUUAUGGAAAGCGUUGGCUGAGUCAAGUGGUAAACCUGUUAAAAACGUCAUGGAUACCUGGACCAAACAAAUGGGAUAUCCUGUAUUAGAGGUAGCCAAAUUCACCGAAAAGUUUGUCACUAUUUAUUAA